CAGUCGUGUAUUUCACAUGGGGCAAUCAAGAAUGAUCGUCCACUUGCGUGAACGCUGUUGCUGCUGAGCGUCGGUUGACUGGAGGGAAGCAGAUUUCCAGCUCCUCCAACAUGAGCCACAGAACGUCCACUCUGCUCCUGUAAGGACGCCGCGGUUUGUUUAACAGAAGAUAAUCAGCGGUGGGAUGAAGAUUUAAAGUUUGAAAGAGUUGGUGCCGACAUGUCUAAACCAAUGGAUCACGUUAAACGCCCGAUGAACGCCUUCAUGGUUUGGUCCCGAGCCCAGAGGAGAAAGAUGGCACAGGAGAAUCCGAAAAUGCACAACUCUGAGAUCAGCAAGCGGCUGGGAGCCGAGUGGAAACUUCUCACCGAGUCCGAGAAAAGGCCGUUCAUCGACGAGGCGAAGCGCCUGCGAGCGAUGCACAUGAAGGAGCAUCCAGACUACAAGUACAGACCGAGGCGGAAGCCCAAGACUCUGAUGAAAAAAGACAAGUUCACCUUCCCGGUGCCCUACAAUCUGGGGGAGCACGACGCGCUGAAAGUGAACGGGCUCUCCGUCGGACUUUCGGACUCCGUCAUCGGGAACCCGGACAAAGCUGCGGCGGCUGCAGCUGCCGCGGCCGCGCGGGUCUUCUUCAACCCGUCCAUGUCCACGAACCCCUAUUCGUUUUUCGAUCUGGGAUCCAAGAUGACUGAGCUUUCCCCGCCUUCGUUUCCCUACGCGACUCCUUUGGGUUACCCGCCUGGAGGCACAACGGCUUUCACCGGGACUGGCAGCGUGGGCGGCGGGACGCACGCCCACACCCACUCGCACCCGUCCCCGGGUAACCCGGGCUACAUGAUCCCUUGUAACUGCACGGCGUGGCCCUCUGCGGGGCUGCAGCCGCCCUUAGCCUACAUCCUGCUGCCCGGCAUGGGGAAGCCGCAGCUGGAACCAUAUCCUGCGUACGCCGCGGCGUUAUGAUCGCACCCGCCGGCGCGCGCUUUGGACUCUUAAAUGUGAAAAAUCCACUCAUGCAAGAGUUUUAUUAUGCAUGCACACAGCUGUACAUGUGAUGAAGUGCUCGUUGUCUCAGAUAUCACAUGUGUAUGUAUAUUGAUUAAUGCCUUUAUCUAAGGUUAUGCUUAUUUAGAGAACUCUCUAAUGUACGAUUGCGCCGCCAUCACCCACAUCCCGAAAAAAAGAGCUAAAUGAUGGCACGAAUAUAUUGUGGAUACUCACUUUGAGAUCUUUUUGCACCUGUUGGAACAUUUUAAUCGCAGGAUCAAAAGUUUUUAUGCCUCUCAGCGAAGUUAUUGCACGAAGAGGAUUCUCGCAGGCUUUGUAAAUGUGUACAGGUUUUAAAAAAUGACUCUAGUUAAUUUGCCGUUAUAGGCUCUUAGUGUUGGAGAUAUAGGGCCAGGAAUAUUUCACUAGAAAUCCGGUGUAUAUUUUGAGUUUUUACAGUUUUAUAGACGUCUGUCAUAUUUAUUGUUUAGUGAGGACAAGCAUAUGAGUUCUGUAAUAUUUGCACAAGGAACAUGUAAUUUAUUUCGAAGGUGAUUAUUAUUAUUUCAGCGCUUUUUCCAGAAAAAAAGAAAAGAAACAUUGGUCUAAAUGAAAUGUCAUCAGUUCUUGAGCCCAUAUGCGGCAGAAAGAAAGAAAGAAAGAAAGCUUUUUAAUAACUAACUCUUAUGGAAUUUGUAUGUUUUUUUGUCUUUUCUUUAACCUCCGCUCUGUACUUCAAACUGUUCACUUGUUGAGCAAAAGGACUACAAUAAAUAUUCGGAUGAAACGGAA